CCUACGCGUCGCCCUGUCUAUUAUAUACUGCGAUGGGGCUGACUCUCGUAAAACAAUUAGCAACAAUGGCGCCUACCAUCUUGUUCAUCUGGGUUACAGCCAAGAUCGAGUGCCGUGAGAGUCACACCAGCUCGAUAGCGGCAUCUCCAUGGGUGCUUUGCACUUUCCGUUGUCCCGGAUGGUCAACAAACGAGGCCGGGCAAGUACCCUAUGCACAACAACCAAUGCAGCACAGUUGCUUGGACGCCAAUAUUGGACCUACCUUGUGUUCUAAGCAGCGCAAUGCGAAAAGGCAGAGACGCCGAGAUCAAUCAGACAGCUAGCGGCCAUUGUCAAGUUCGUAAGGGGAUACCUGAUUCGGAGCACCAGUCACACGAUGGCUUGUGCCAAUAACAAAAUGUCGACGUCGAAGAGAUCAAUAUCUU